AUGGAUUUUCCAAAAAAAUUGAAGGAAAAAAUUGUGGAAAUUAUGAAGAAAACAAUGAAAAUUGGAAAAGAUGAUCCAAGAAAAAUUUGGCAUGCAUUUAAAGUGGGAUUGUCACUCACUUUAAUUUCAUUGUUUUACUAUUAUAGGCCUCUUUAUGAUGGCUUUGGACAAUCAGCUAUAUGGGCUGUUUUAACUGUGGUGGUUGUUUUUGAAUUCACAGCAGGUGCAACUUUGAGCAAGUGUUUAAAUAGAGGUUUUGCCACAUUAACAGCUGGGGCAUUAGGUGUUGGAGCAAAAUAUUUUGCUGACUUAUUUGGGAAAGAAGGGGAACCCAUUGUCUUGGGUAUUUUGGUCUUUACACUAGGUGCACUAGGUACAUUUACGAGAUUUUUCCCACACAUGAAGAGGAGAUAUGACUAUGGAAUUUUGAUAUUUGUGUUAACCUUCAGUAUGGUGACUGUGUCUGGUUAUCGUGUGGACAAAAUAUUAGAAUUGGCUCAUCAACGUUUGUCUACUAUUCUUAUUGGAGCUGCUACAUGCAUGAUUGUCUCUUUGAUUGUUUGUCCUGUUUGGGCUGGAGAAGAUCUUCAUAAACUUAUUUAUACUCAUCUUGAAAAACUUGCAAACUUCUUAGAAGGUUUUGGAAGUGAAUAUUUCAUCUUUUCAGAGAAUGAUGAAAUUGUAAAGGCCUCUAAUGAAGGAUUCCUUGGAUCCUAUAAAACAGUCCUUAAUUCUAAAGCCAAUGAGGAAGCUUUGGCAAAUUUUGCUUGGUGGGAGCCUGGUCAUGGAUCUUUCAGGCUACGUCAUCCAUGGAAGCAAUAUUUGAAAAUUGGAGUACUUGCUAGAGAAUGUGCAUGCCAUCUUCAAGCACUUAGUGGUUACUUUAAUUCCAAGCCUCAGGUACCAAGUGAGUUCCAAAAAAAAAUAGAAGAAGCAUGCACAAAAAUGUGCAUUGAAUCAAGUAAAGUCCUAAAGGAAUUAGCAUUUUCCAUCAAAACCAUGACACAACCGUCGUCCUCCGCCGCAGAAAUCCAUCUCCGCCACUCGAAAGCCGCCGUCGACGACUUCAAAUCGAUCCUCGCCGCCACCGAAACACUAUUACUCUCCAACAAAUUGGAUCUAUUGGAAAUUUUUCCGGCGAUUACGGUGGCGUCCGUACUGAUUGACGUCAUCAAUUGCAUCGAUAAAAUCUCCGAAUCCGUUGAAGAUCUAUCGGUUCAAGCACAUUUUAAAAAGGCGAAGAACAAGGAAUUUUCUUCGUCGUCGCCGGAGAAACCGCCGCCGCAGCACCAGUUGCUCCACCGCGGAAUUGUUAAACCGGUUGUCGAUGUUGACGACGUUGACAGUGGUGGUGAUUUUGUUGCGAUUGAGAUUUGCGGUGGUGGAGCAGCGGUGGCGGGAAAGGCGGAGGUGAAUCCGGCGGUGGUGAAAAAAUGAGAGUAGUAUUGGGAGGGAAAGUUUAAAUAACUUUUUUGAGUAGUUAAAACUUCCCCUUUCUAAGUAAGUUGUUUUUUCCGUUAGUUGUAUACU